UGAAAUUAGGCGCUACUUCGCAGAACUUUCUUCUUCCUCCCUGUCGCCGGCCUUUUCACGCUUCAAUGACGGAUUUUUCUAUAUAUUUAUUUCUCUUUUAUACAUAACAAAACAUAAUAUCUUUAUAUAUAUAUAUAUAUUUGUUUCAUUUUUCUUCUAAUUUGAUGUUAACUUUGAUUCAAGUUUCUUUAAUCUACUGACCUUUUGCUGUACAAAUCAGUUGAGGAUUUGAUUGGGUGACUCAUUAUUUACUGUGGUUUCACUUAUGUGGCUGAGCUUCUUACAUUGAUUGAUUGAGCUACAUACAGUUGGCUCUUUUUUGCAAGUGUUGAGAUGGGAUCUAUAGGGGAAAAAGUAGACCUUGAAUGUGAUGAAGAGACCCCCUUUAGCUCAUCUCAUGCUACAAACAAGAUAGAGAGUAUGCAUUUUGAGUCAGCUCAUAUGACGUCGCCUAGAAGUUUUUACUCGUCGAGAGUCUUGAGGAAGAUGCAUCAGAUCAGCACUUUCAGGAGUAUAUACGUUGUGAUACUCAAAGCAAAGAUCAAUGUUUUGCUUCCUUUUGGACCACUGGCGAUACUGCUGCACUAUCUUACUAAAAAACAUGAAUGGGUCUUUUUCUUCAGUUUGGUGGGCAUUACACCCUUAGCUGAGCGUUUGGGUUAUGCAACUGAGCAGCUUGCAUUCUAUACGGGGCCUACAGUUGGGGGCCUUCUAAAUGCUACAUUUGGCAAUGCGACUGAAAUGAUAAUCUCAUUAUAUGCGUUGAAUAAUGGGAUGAUGAGGGUUGUUAAACAAUCCUUGCUGGGUUCCAUUUUAUCAAAUAUGCUCUUGGUGCUUGGAUGUGCCUUCUUCUGUGGUGGGAUUGUUCAUCACCAGAAAGUCCAGGUUUUCAGUAAGGCGACUGCCCUUGUGAACUCAGGAUUGUUAUUGAUGGCAGUGAUGGGCAUAUUAUUUCCGGCUGUGCUUCAUUUCACCCACACAGAAGUGCAUUUUGGGAAGUCAGAGCUGGCUCUUUCAAGAUUUAGCAGUUGCAUAAUGCUGGUAGCAUAUGCAAGUUACCUAUAUUUUCAACUCAAGAGUCAACCAAAUCUAUAUAGCUCUAUCGAAGAGGAUAGAGAAAAUAAUGCUGAAGAUUCUUAUGAAGAAGAGGCUCCUGAGAUAACAAAAUUGGAAGCUAUAGGGUGGCUUGCUAUUUUGACAGUAUGGAUAUCUGUGCUAUCUGGGUAUCUUGUGGAUGCCAUACAGGGAGCAUCUGACUCAAUGAACAUGCCUGUGUCCUUUAUUAGUGUCAUCUUGCUUCCACUUGUAGGAAAUGCUGCAGAACAUGCAAGUGCAAUCAUGUUUGCAAUGAAAGAUAAGCUUGACAUUACACUUGGAGUUGCGAUUGGGUCCUCUACUCAGAUAUCAAUGUUUGUGAUUCCAUUUUGUGUUGUUGUUGGUUGGUUCAUGGGAAAACCAAUGGACUUGAACUUUCAAUUGUUUGAGACUGCUACACUCUUUAUCACAGUGCUAGUUGUGGCAUUUAUGCUGCAGGAAGGAACAUCAAACUAUUUUAAGGGGUUGAUGCUUAUCCUAUGCUAUCUCAUUGUUGCUGCAAGUUUCUUUGUACAUGUUGAUUCAUCCAAAGAAGGAGAAUAGGUAUGCGCUCAGUCGUGAUGCUCAUGCCUCAGCAAAUGAACUCUUCGACUACUGGCAAUGAAUCAAAAGCGAUGAGCCUAACAAGCUGCACUCGAAGUGUUGGCUAAAUCUAGAGUGAAAGGUGUGGUGGUGAUGUGGUAGAUGGGUUCUUAUUGUGGAACACUCCACGGUUGGUGAACCGAUGACUUCUUCUUCAACGUUUAUCCAUGUUGUAUCAUUUUCUUUAGCAAACAAACAAUUUCUUUUCUUCCCUGCAGUAUAUAAAGCUGAUUAUACUGUCUUGCACCUGGAGAAAAAUUGUAGAAGGGUGGGGGACUGUAAACAAAUUUUCUUUUCUUUUGCCUUUGGACUAGCAUUCCAAAUGUAAGAUUUAGGAGAUAUAAAUUGUUGUAGCUUAUCCCUAUAUUUCCAUAGUGAUCCUCUGAUUAGGAUCAAGGUGUAAUAUUUGUAAUGGAUCCUUAGAAAUUGUUUUUACACAGUAUUAAUGUAUUGUAGCAGGGCAUGUUUGUUACCGAAUUAUUCAGUCUUUUGGAUAGUAUGAUUUGGAGACGAGGCGUCGGCUAUAA